GCCGUUUUUUUAUUCUCUUAUUGGUCUGUGUUUAUGUCGUUUACGUUACGCGCCGUUUUUUUCUGUUCGCUCGCUUGGUGUGUCUAGCUUGGCUUGGCGUUUUGAUUCAACGAAUAAUUUAAGAAUUCGUAGAAGCCUUCGUGGUAUAUUACCUUGUAAUCUAUCAUUUCUACCUUUUUGACAUCAUUAUACUGCGAAACCAUCAUGCCAGCUAGCAACAUUGAUCUCUACCACAUGCAAGACGCUAGAAAUAAUUUUGACGCCAUGCGACCAGCUCCUGUUUGUGCCGAUGCCAAUCAAUAUAUGGGCCAAUGUCAAAACAUUCACAUAUCAACUAAUUGCUAUUACGGAUACCAUGAUCCCAAACCUGCAGAAAAUGAGGGAACGAUGACUGAUUGUGAAAUGAUGGAAACUGAAGUAUCGCAUUCUAAUACGGCAGCAUCAUCCCAGAUAAACUCCAGAAAGCGUAGUGCUGACGAUGGCGAACAACCUCAUAAGAAGCGUUUCAGAGAAGAAGUACAAACUAUGAAAAAUAUCAAACCUGAGACAAACGAGAUCAAGAAAUUGGAUCAAGAUACUGAAGAUUUAUGGGAGGCCCUAUAUUGGAACACUCAUGGCGGCAGAAUAUUUCAAUUGUUACAGUGUUCAUGAUAUCUAAUUACAUUGUGCAAAUAAUUGAACAUGUGUGAUAUGUUAGAUAAGUGGUGAUGUGGGUUUGUGGGACAAAGACCAAAUUAAUCUAAUUAACUCUAAAUAUAUGGUUGUUUAAGUUUUAAUAUCAUAUGAGUUUUCUAAUAAAAGUACAAAUAGGAAAAGGGAGGUUUUUUAUUUAUAAAAAAAUAUGUAUUUAAUUUUUGUCUUUAUUCAUAUAAUAAAUAUUAAUUACAUAAUGUAAAUGACACAGUGAAAAUUAUAGGUUACAAGUUUUACAUUCAACAAUUUAACACUUGCAGAUUUGUCAAAUUUCUCUCAAGUAUUAAUCUGAAAAAGAAGAAUACUAUUAAUUUUUAUCCAUUUUGUUUGUCUGUUACAGAUGGUGUUGAAGAUCUAAUCAUUUAUUGCUUUUUUUCAGUGUUCACCCAAACAUAGAUUCAAGUUUUCGACUUGAAGUUUGAGUGUUUUCAUUUAUAAUUAUAAAAUAUUAAAAAUCACCUUUUUGCUUUUCAGAUGAAUCUCCCAAGAGCAGCCUUGUUGGCACACGGUCAAGCCCGAGCCAUUCCGCUUCCGCCUUUAACACAAACAUACCAAAAAAUUAUGUAUUGCGUUUUAACCUCAAGUUUUAUUUAAUUGUAAAUACGUGAAAUAUGUUUGAAAUCAUAAUUGACGUGACUGUGAUAUCUUUCUACCUGAUAGUUAAUGUAUUAUUAAAAUGUAAUGGAUUAACAUAUGUAUCGUUUUAUUUUUAGCUAAUAUUACCCUCAUAAAUAAAGGU